AUGGAAAAGCUACCCAUGACUCUAUUGAUUUGCUCAAUGUUCAUAGUCACGCCGGUGGUUCGUAGCAUUGCUCAAUGGCCGGAAGCAGUGGAAGAGUGGUUCGGAAAACUCAGCCAUGCAAAGGAAAAGGUGACCAAGCUUCAUUUCUACUUCCAUGACUUGUCAAAUGGGAAGAGCCCAACCGCUAUACAAGUGGCCCAAGCCAACACAUCCAAUACCUCACCCACCUUGUUCGGCGAGGUUUAUAUGAUGGAUGACCUAUUAACAGUUGGGCCGGAACCAUCUUCCAAACCCGUGGGCCGAUUCGAGGGGCUUUAUGGUUCAGCAUCCCUUUCCGAAUUUAGCCUAAUCAUGGCUGUGAACUUUUUCUUCACAGAUGGAGAUUACAAUGGUAGCACUCUCGCUGUCAUGGGCAGCAACCCACUGUUGCAUCAGUACCGUGAACUGUCCAUUGUUGGUGGCUCUGGCAUUUUCCGGUUGGCACGUGGAGUUGUUACAUUGAAUACUUAUUUAUAUAAUCGUACUAAGGGUAAUGCUAUUAUCGAGGUGAAUGUUGUAGCUAUCCAUUAUUAG